ACUGCACCUUUAAUUACACCUAGACACGCAGCGCCACUGCCUAAACACAUAAAACCCCCUCCUGCUGCUGUAAAUUAUUCGUGUAGCUGACUAAUAAACUACAUUUCUAGCAAAUACAGUAACCUAGCUGAGCUAACAGGCUUACUUACUGAACUGCGCCUCCAGGAUUUCUGACUAAAUCCCCCGGUACUCUCUCUAGCUUAUUAACCUGCUUCAGACACGCAUCUAAACAAGCUAGGUCCGCCCACAGCAGCAGUCCUCUCUGAUUGGCUGCCUUUCGUUAUUGCCCAUCCAAUGACCAAACUUCGUGCUGUUUGAAAACAGAACAAGCCAAUUAGAUACUACUUUCUUUAAAUUUACCGGGCUUUAGUUGGCGCGUAGCGUCAACUACUCCAGAGCUCUGUAUGUGCCCAUAGAAAAUAGUACAGAAAAAUGAGUCUGAUAAAAAAGCUCCUGCGCAGGACAGAACGAAAACACAGCAAAAAGAAGCUCAUUAAAUGGCUUCAGAAGGAGAGACUUCUUGCCAGAACACUGAAAUGCCCUAGAUGCGGGAAAAAGAUGCAUUUUAAGAAGAAAACCAGCAUAAAGGAUGGGUACACAUGGAUAUGUAGACGGAAUCAUCAUCGGCAGAAUACAGUUCGUUCCAUUCGACACGGAUCAAUUUUUAGCCGAAGCCAUGUUCCACUGGUGUCAUAUAUGAAACACAUUCACAGAUUUGCCCAAGGACUGCGGCUCCGGCAGGUAGACAUGGUUGAGGAGGGACUUUGUGGUAGUAGUGCUACAAUUACAAAAUUAACCCAGAAGCUUAAAGGAGUGUGUGUCAAUGCUAUUCGCAAAAUGAAGAGGCAAAAGAAGAUGCAAAUUGGUGGAGGAAGAGCAUAUGUUGUUCUUGAUGAAAGCAAGUUUUGCCACAAACGGAAGUAUGCACGUGGCCGUUUUGGAAACACCUGGCGAAGAAAAGCAUGGGUGUUUGGCAUGAUGGAAAUAAAGCGGAAUCGCAGGAGACCCCUCCUAAAGGUGGUUAAGAGAAGAACAGCUGCAAAGUUGAUUCCUGCUAUUCAGAAAUAUGUGCGUUGUGGAACCACUGUGAUCAGUGAUGAAUGGCCAGCUUAUAAACAACUAGGACAACACGGUUACAUUCAUUAUCAGGUCAAUCACAAACGCUUCUUUGUACAUCCACAAACAGGAGCACACACACAACACAUUGAGCGAGCAUGGAGAACAUUCAAGAACGAAGUGUACCGUUACAGGGGUAACUUGACAAAAAAAUCAUUGAAAGACCAACUUGCAUUCAUUGAAUGGAAUUACUGGAGGGGAAAAUCACAUCCAAGAGGUGUCCUUGGAUGUCUCUUUGAAGACAUUGGACUGAAGUAUCAGGUGUAACCCUUUAAACAUCAAAACCAGAAGUAAAACGUGCUUCAACCAAUAUUGGAUGAGGUGCAACCAAAAAGAAAAAAAUGACUCUAUAUCAAAAAUGGUGCAAAAACUUCUUUAUUUAACUAAAAACAUGACAUUUUAAGGCAAUGCUUCAAGGCCAACAUCAUGUUUUAUAAAAAAAAAAUUGCAAUAAGCAUUGCACAAUUUUUGAUGAACAGCCCCUUAAACUGCCAGGUUCUCCCAUGUAUCCAGUCUUCCAUGUCUAAUUACUGUUACAUACAAAUAAACCAGUUGGUAUUUUUCCAUGUAGGUACUGAACAGUAAGCCUUCAAAUGUGAUUAGCAUUAAAAUCAUU